AUGGCUGCACUGCCCUCAGACGUCCCCGCUCCACACACACACGAAUUCCACCCCCACUCGUAUAUUCUCACUACACUUACCCCUCUCUCCCCGUUUCCCCCUUUCUCCCCCCUUUCCCCUCUCUCCCCGUUUCCCCUUUUCUCCCCCCUUUCCCCUCUCUCCCCGUUUUCCCUCCCCCUUUCUCUCCCCUUUCCCCCCUCUCUCCCAGUUUCCCCCUUCUCCCCCUUUCCCCUCUCUCCCGUUUCCCCCUUCUCCCCCCUUUCCCCUCUCUCCCCGUUUCCCCCUUUCUCCCCCCUUUCCCUCUCUCCCCGUUUCCCCUUUCUCCCCCCUUUCCCCUCUCUCCCCGUUUCCUUCCCCCUUUCUCCCCCCUUUCCCCUCUCUCCCCCGUUUCCCCCUUUCUCCCCCCUUUCCCCCCUUUCCCCCCUCUCUCCCCGUUUCCCCCUUUCUCCCCCCUUUCCCCUCUCUCCCCGUUUCCCCCUUUCUCCCCCCUUUCCCCUCUCUCCCCGUUUCCCCUUUUCUCCCCCCUUUCCCCUCUCUCCCCGUUUCCCCCUUUCUCCCCCCUUUCCCCCCUCUCUCCCAGUUUCCCCCUUCUCCCCCCUUUCCCCUCUCUCCCCGCAGAGCACCCGCCCCACCCUCACUCACAUACCCUCACUAGACUUCUCCCCCUCUCCCUCCCCCCCCCCCCCCCCCCCCCCCCCCCCCUCCCCCCCCCCCCCCCCCCCCCCCCCCCCCCCCCCCCCCCCCCCCCCCCCCCCCCCCCCCCCCCCCUCCUCUCCCCCUUCUCCCCUUUCUCCCCCCUCCCCCACCCCUUUCCCCAUGACUGCUCACCGAAAUCGUAUUCACGAGUUUAAACGACGCCUUAUCCGGAGCACCAAACUCUACGUGGCGUGA